UCCUGUGUCCCCGCCCUCCGCCGGGGACCGCAGCGGCGCCGCCGGUGUCAGAGCGGCGCAGGCUGGCAGUUCCGCGGCGGGGAUGCCGAGCAGCGCCGCGUCCGCCGGCAGCGCUCGCCACUGCGGACCUGAGGGGCGCCCCGGGCCGUGAGACACAGCGCGCCGCGGCCAGUCCCGGGCUUCCGAGCCCGCCCGCCCGCCCUCCGGGAGCCGGACGCCAGGCGAGUGCAGCGAGGCAGCGGCCGUUCCUGGACUCUGAGAGGGAGAGGCACCCCGGCUUCUAGAACCUCCCCUGCGGCCCCCGGUCCCGGCUUCCUGAGGGCGUCCGGCCGCCACCCCCUCCGGCGCCCGGGUCGGUGCCCGGGUCGGCGCCCGGGUCGGCGGCCCGUUGCGGCCGGGUCCUGGCGCACACCAUGAUCGUCGCGGACUCGGAGUGCCGCCCGGAGCUGCAGGGCUACCUGCCGUUCUCCCGGGGCGGCGGCGGCGGCGGCGGCAGCAGCAGCAGCAGCAGCAGCAGCCCGGGGGCCGGGGAGGAGCAGAGGAUGAGGUGGGCUCGGGGGGGCCCUCGCGGGCCCAGCGCCUUCAUCCCCGUGGAGGAGGACGAGAGCGGAACCCAUCCUCUCCUCACCUUUGCUUGGCAGGUCCUUCAGGAGGGAGCUGAGAGCCUCGAGCAGAACCUGGGGCUGGAGGCACUGAUGUCCUGUGGGCGCGUGGACAACCUGGCAGUGGUGAUGGGCCUGCACCCUGACUACCUUAGCAGAUUCUGGCGCCUGCACUACCUACUGCUGCACACAGAUGGGCCCCUGGCCAGCUCCUGGCGCCACUACAUUGCCAUCAUGGCUGCUGCUCGCCACCAGUGCUCCUACCUGGUGGGCUCCCACAUGGCCGAGUUUCUGCAGACUGGCGGUGACCCGGAGUGGCUGCUUGGCCUCCACCGGGCCCCUGAGAAGUUACGCAAGCUUAAUGAGAUCAACAAGUUGCUGGCACAUCGCCCAUGGCUCAUCACCAAGGAGCACAUCCAGGCCUUGCUGAAGACGGGUGAGCACAGCUGGUCCCUGGCGGAGCUCAUCCAGGCCCUGGUCCUGCUCACCCACUGCCACUCACUGGCCUCCUUCGUGUUUGGCUGUGGCAUCCUCCCCGAGGGGGACCUGGAGGGCAGCCCUGUGCCCCAGGCACCUUCACCCCCCAGCGAGCAGAGCAGCCCCCCCAGCAGAGACUCACUGAACAAUUCCGGGAGCUUCGAGGCCGCUCGGGAUGUGGAGGCUUUGCUGGAGCGCAUGAGGCAGCUGCAGGAGAGCCUGCUGCGGGACGAGGGAGCGUCUCAGGAGGAGAUGGAGAGCCGCUUUGAGCUGGAGAAGUCGGAGAGCCUGCUGGUGACCCCCUCGGCUGACAUCCUGGAGUCCUCUCCACACCCAGACAUGCUGUGCUUCGUGGAAGACCCCACUUUCGGAUACGAGGACUUCACCCGGCGAGGGACUCAGGCGCCUCCCACCUUCCGUGCCCAGGAUUAUACCUGGGAAGACCAUGGCUACUCCCUGAUCCAGAGGCUCUACCCGGAGGGUGGGCAGCUGCUGGAUGAGAAGUUCCAGGCAGCCUACAGCCUCACCUACAACACCAUGGCCAUGCACAGCGGAGUGGACACCUCCAUGCUCCGCAGGGCCAUCUGGAACUACAUCCACUGCGUCUUCGGCAUCAGGUAUGACGACUAUGACUACGGGGAGGUGAACCAGCUCCUGGAGCGGAACCUCAAGGUCUAUAUCAAGACAGUGGCCUGCUACCCAGAGAAGACCACCCGGAGGAUGUACAGGCUCUUCUGGAGGCACUUCCGCCACUCGGAGAAGGUCCACGUGAACUUGCUGCUCCUGGAGGCCCGCAUGCAAGCCGCCCUGCUCUAUGCCCUCCGUGCCAUCACCCGCUACAUGACCUGACUCCCACACAGGACCUGGGCCCGGAGCCGCUAACUCUCGAGGCACCCUCCUCUCUGCAAGAACUUCUCUGUCCGGAGACAGACCCAAUCCCUUUCUGCCCCACGCCCACCCGCCACACUCUGGGGGUGGGCUUUUGUGUGAGGUGCAGCCCCCGAGCCACACCCUACAGUUUCUCACUGAAGGACAGGAUCUCUGGGAUCUCAGCGUUGGCCCUGGGAGCUGGAAGAGGACUAGCAGAUCGCCAGGGGCCGUGCCCUCUUCCUACCCCUGAGCCCAGAGGCAGAGGCACAGGAAGUACAAUGGGCCGAGUUCGGAUUUAUGUACCUCCAGGUUGGGCCCACCACAAGCACUGUGGCUGGAAAGGUCCCCACUGGCCCCGGGGGGAGAGGGGCAAACACCGCCAGGGACUGACACUCCGAGCAGCUCUCCUUUUCCUCCGUCAUCCGAUUCCAUUCCCUCUCAUCUGCCAUUAACCCAUCAAUGUGAAAGUCAGGGUCACAGCUGGCCUGUGCGUCCGCCUCCCCAAAAACCUCUUCAAAGCCCCUUGUUUCCUGAUGGCCCCAAUCCUAUUUCAUUUCCUUUUCUCCCACGCCUGGUGGUGGUGAGGCCCCGGGAGAGACGAAGCACAUUAAAAAAGUAGACUAUCUCUAGAGAAUUUAAGUAGCUUUUUGGUCACUUUGCCUUUUGAAGUGUAGGGAGUAUUCGAUUAUAAAUCCUCUGUAUUUUGGUCCUUUAUGGAUGAAGUCCAAACCUCUUCAGGGCCUCACCUCUAAAGGUGUGAGCAGGAGGAGGGGGCAGUCUGUUCUCCUCAGAGCUCGCACCUCUUCUGUCUCCCGGGCUCCACUGCGGAUAUUUGCCAAAACCUCGAUCCUUUCUCGGUGGCACGUGGCCCAGUGGGAGAGCUCGGAGACCCCAGGGUUGUUCGGGCCCUGCCACUGGCCAGGGGGCCAUGGCUAUGUUGCCAAACCUCCUUGACCCCCAUUUCCUCCGUUUCAGACUAGGGAAGGACACUUUUCAUGCCUGGGUUUCUCAGGCCAACCUGCCAGCAGUGAACUGCACAUCGAGCAGGAUUUGGAAGGUCCUCCGGGACUCCCACUCUUGCGGUCAGUCUCCCGGCUGCCUUCCAAGGACCACCCAGAUUCUGUCCCCUCUCCUCAGUUUUAGGUGGAUUACUUAGAGGCAGGAGCAGCCAAGGACUGACCCCAGGCACUUUCUAUAGCAAACAAGCUGUGAAUUACGACUUCCUAGCCCUUCUUCAGGCAGUACGUGCCUCCUCUCCUCUCUGGCCGGUGAGGAGGGGACUGAAGAAGGGCGAGGGCCAACAUGCUGCUUGCUUCUGACCCUCCUCGCUGGGGUGGGGCAGGAAAGGAGCCUGGUCGGUGGGCCACAUUUCAUACCCAUGCGGGCAUGGGGAAGCGACUGGCACCCUCAGACCUCCCCGCCCUCCCACAGUGACGCUGGGCAGGAGGGAAGAGGUCCAGCCUGGGUUUGGAGUCUGGAGAGGACAAGAUGGCUGUAAAUGUUCUGUGGGUGGACAGGGAGGGGUAUUCAGUGUUCAAGUGCAGAAGUCUUUGGCUUUCCUACCAGUUCUGUAUAAUGAGAAAUAAAAGUUCACCAAGGUUUUGUUUUGUA